AUGUUUACAAAAUCGAUCCUUUUAGCUUUCCUUCUCAUCGUCAUCUUCGUCUCUGCAGCUGAAUCAGCUCGUCAGAAGAACGGGAACGAUGGUGUGGGAUUCGGCGGUAUACCCGGAUCCGGAUUUGCUGGAAUACCCGGAUUCGGAAACGGGUUUCCGGGGAACGGAGUCGGCGGUGGUUACGGCGGAGGGUUCGGUGGUCCGAGCGGCGGAUUCGGGAAAGGAGGUGUGGUAAGGCCGACGGUGACUUGCAGAGAGAGAGGACCUUGUCGUGGAAAGAAGCUGAGGUGUCCGGCCAAGUGUUUCACCUCUUUUAGCCGCUCCGGGAAAGGAUACGGCGGUGGUGGCGGCGGAGGUGGAUGCACCAUGGAUUGUAAGAGGAAGUGUAUCGCUUACUGUUAA